UGUUCACAUUCACAGUGGAGUUGUGGAGUUGUUGAAGUUGCUGGCGUUAUUUUUUCACUUCUCCUCGACCUGUACAAUUGAAGAUCAUCCAGCAAGGAAGUGUGGUCACUGUGCAUAGUGUGUCUUUUCUAGAGUUGUUCGUCUCUCUUCCUUAAUCUGUAUUUUCUGUAAUUUUUUCCACCGUUAUUCCUCGAAAUCAUAACAAAUCAUAAUCCUGCUCGGAGGAGCACGUUCGGUAAUAAAUUGAGUUCCAUUGUGAUUGUUGAAUAACAAAGGAGGGAGAAGAGAGCAACUUUCUUUGGAUUAAAAUUCAAUUAAGGAAACACAAUGCGAUUAAGGAAUUUGGGAAUUCUGCUCUUCACUUUGGUUGCCAUUUGCGAGGCGCGGCGCGUCCGGGUGCUUCCGAGGCAGCGGCAAGAGGAGGCGCGGGAGGUGGAGCUGGCCGAGGAGGAUGACAGCAGGGCGCAGCCUGCCAUUCAGUACUACAGCGCCGCUGAGCCGCAAGACAACCAAGGACGCGUCAUUCUCGUGGCGUCCGAUGACGACUACAACGGCCCCUAUGGCCAGCCGACCCUGAGACAGCGGGCGGACUACAACAGACCCGUUCCCACGACGAGGAGUCAAACUGCCGCGCCGAUCGCGCGCUCCAAGGAUCACGCCACAAAGCCUCCGCCAGUGCAGACAAUCAGGAACUACAGCAAGGUGAACGACGAUGGCUCCUUCACUUUCGGCUACGAAGCUGCCGAUGGGUCGUUCAAGGAGGAGACCAGAGGAACUGACUGCGUCGUGCGCGGAAAGUACGGCUAUGUCGAUCCUGAUGGCAACAAGAGGGAGUUCACUUAUGUCUCAGGCAAUCCGUGCGAUCCCAACAAUCCCGAGAGCGAGGAAGAGGAGCAGGAGCGAUCGGAGGAAGACGGCUCGGAUGAGAACAUCCCUCAGAACUACCCUCGAAGACCGGCAAUUCCUCGCCCUGUUCGUCCUCUGCACACAACUCCUCGACCCACAACGACUGUGUUCCAAAACAACUACGCACACUCUUCGCUGCCUCAGCAAGACGACGCCAGCGAAGAGACUGACGAGCAAGAACCAAUCCAAUACAUCCAACCCCAAAGACCCUCAGUCACUCAACGUCCUAUCAUCAGGACGCAACCCCAAGAAGUGACCAUUCGCGAGAGACCACGCGUAACGUUCAGCACCACACCAACCCCAGCCGCUGUUCAGUACACUCCCUCACAGCCCGUUAGCAUCACCCCACGUCCCACCUAUCGGGCACCGACACAAACCCUGCAAACCCAACCACCAGCCACCACAUACAGGCCGGCUCUGAGCUCCACCCAGAAGACCCAGAACUACCCAUCCUCCACCCAAGAAGUUUCCGUGGCACCCACGAAACCCACUUCGGGCCGUCGACCGAUCGACUUCGCGGCCGAGUUCCAGAAGUUCCAGGAUGAAACUAACGCUCUGACGCCGUCGCCCGUCAGUCCGGCCGUCGGGAAGCCCUUCAAGCCAGCCCCCGCCCUGCCCACUGGCAAUCCCAUCUAUCAGUCACAGCUGAUCUUCGAUCCCUCCACCGGCCAGUAUGACGCCAAUCUGUACCAGCAACUGCCGCAGUCGGAGGGUGACUUCGCCCUGAGCCAUCGCAUCCAGCCCUACGUGCACCUGCAUCCCCAGCCCACGCUAGUCACGCUGGAGCAGCUGCAGAACCAGAGUCCGCUGUACAGGCAACCCAUUGCCCAGCCGCAGCACCAGAUCCAGCAGCAAGUGCGACCAAUUCCUGUACCGCAGUUCUCGCAGCAAGUGUACCAGAAGUCGCAGGAGAAUCUGCAAGUGCUGAAUUCGCAGCAGUUGUUUGCGCAGCAGCAGGAGAUCGCCCAGCAGCAGCUGCAGCAGGAUCGUCUGCAGGCCAAGAAGCAGACCCCGAGCGCCCCGGCGCACAGGUUCCAGGUGCAGGCGCAGCCUCAGCCACAGAGACCUCAGGCGCCACCACCACAGGCCUUCUACUACAUCCAGCCAUCUCCCGGAGGCUCUCUGGGGCAGAUCGACGCCUUCCUGCGAGGGCAGAAUCUUGACUACUAAACCGAACAAGAUUGGCUCCGCCCACUCGAAUGCUCCGCCCAUUUCUGCUAGAUUGCGGCAAAUGCGGCAUUCCAUUGAGAGUAUGAUUGUGUGUAAUGACUCAGAAUUUGUCUAACAUGAAAAUGAUGAGAUUUUUUCGAGGCAACUUCCCCCAGCUGUUGUAAUGAGGAUAUCAUGAAUUGCAACCUCGAUCAAUCACGCAUAACUUCGUAAUGAUUUGCCAUAGUGUUAGCGGCAAAUAUUGUUUUUCUCUUAGUCAUUUAUUCUUAGAUAAUAUUGAUUUAUAUGUAUUGCAAAUUGUUAAAUAUUUACUACAAGUCUUUAUCUUUUCUACACUCUCUUUAACAUUGAAAAGAAUAACUACAACUCGAAGAAGAAACUGUCUUUCUGCAUCGCUUACAAAUGCUGUAGUUUUAGUAGGAAGUAACAAAGUGAAAGUAAGCACGUAUUCCACGAUACAUAUUUUUCUCAUAACUUUGUGUUAUAAUAAUUAUCGCAUUCCGGUUCUCUGCGCUCAAGCAUUCCCGGUGAAUUCUUCAUGUGACAAAGCAGUGCGAUUUAUUUCAAAGUCAAUUUAGAAAAGAAUCCAGUUUUGUUGACGUUAAAGUAAUCCAAUAGAGACAUUCUAAAUUAUCACACAAAGUGUCUCACGUGUGAAUUCUGGGCAUAUAUAAACAAUUUUCUUAGCAUUUAUAGUGUAAUUGGGUAUUAAGUAAUAAACGCAAUUACACUUAAAGAUCGCCGAUGGUUAUUCCGUGCAGCUGGAGUGUAAUAUGUACAUAAUGAAAGCGAAAGAGAGAGAGAGAGAGAGAGAGCCAAGAAUGCCCGGAUCGUCAGAUGAGAAAAACUCGCUCGAACGUGCAUAAGUAACUUGGGCUAUUGCAUCACAUCACACACCUUGUCUGCGAUUUCGGAUAUUGAAGCUUUUAGCAAGAUAGGAAUUCAACACAUUUCAUGUAUCGCGAUGAAAUAUGACUUACAUAGAGUGGCGUUUAUUUAACCCAAAUAAUACAUAAAUGAUCCGCAGUUGGUGGGCAGACAGAAAAAACUCAUACUCGCAAUUCAUGUUUAUAUUGUAUUUGAGAGAGAGAUAGAAAAAAAAGAGUGACACUUGAGAGAUGAUUUGCUCUUGCAACACUUUUAGUUGCCUAUUAAUCCAAUACAGAAAAUAAAAUAUAUAGUGGCAAUUAAUUUUCCUAUCACACGUCAAUCUGUUGAUUUUGCAAUUUGUAUAAUAUAGCAUUUUAAGGAACUGCGCAUUGAUCGUAGGAAAAAAAUGGUAGAUCAUCGAUAAACAUCAUCCAUAACCGAAUUUUUAAGUAUGAUCUUUAGCAUAUGAGUUACCAUUUGUGUUUCUUCCAAAACUACAAAAAAAAAAUUUUCCUUGUCCACCGCAAAUGGAGAAGAGGUCAUUAAUUACCUGUAAUUCCUCUGUAUAAGGUAAUUAUUGUAUUGUCAAUUGUAAUUAAUUUAAUAUGUAUCAUUUAAUUCCCUUUUUGAUACCGACAGAGAAAAUCGCACGAUGAAAUACUCUAUUCCAAAUACGCAUAAGAAUAAGAAUAAAAGAUUGUAAUAAAGAGUGUACAUAAAA